CGGGCUGCACGCGCGCCUGGCUGCCACGCUACUCCCCUACGCGGCGCGGCUGGCAUGGGCGCCGCUCAUGCUAGGUCACGGCGUGGCGCACGCGGGCCUCGCGUGCUGCGCGGCCAUGGCCGCCGAUGCCUUGGCGUGCGCGCUCGGGUGUGGCGCCGUGAACCCCAUCUCCGGGGACCUCGCCAAGCCCGCUCGUCGCCUCCAACUCGAUCUCUUCUGUUGUGUGCCACCGUGCGGAUGUAUCAGGUGCACCUCCUCCAACUCCCCCAGUUCCUGCUCCGGCUCAUCCCCUCCAUGUUCCCCUUCCCCUUCUCAUCCCCUCGUUCUUGCUCGGGUUCGCGUCAGAUGCGUCGGCAGCUACUCCCAUGCCGGUCUCGAGUCAAUCAGCGGUGUCUUGCCCAGGUAGCACCAAGCCUGGCUCCCAUUGAAGAUACAACAUUGGCGGCCAUUGCAGACCCUGGAUCCAGCAGCAAAGAGUAUAUUCGUGAUGCAAGCAACGUGUUCGACCGAAUGCUGGAAAGGUUCAGAUUUAUUUGCCUCAUGAUCAACAGCUGAUUCUUAUUGCUAAGCCUUAGGUGCUGGUGCUUCUUGUGCAUAAAUGUAUGCAUCUUAUGAGAUGCUGAACCGAAAAUUUAUGAUGUUGUAUGUAUGUGAUGUUAUGCUAGUUCAGAACCUAUGUUAAUUGUCACCAAAGUAGUAGCUUUGUAACUUCUUUUGGGCUGAAUUGAUCAUUUUUUCUGAUGAAUGGGCUGAAUUUUUUA